GUUUUUUUCUGAUUUUAUUAAGACACACACAUCUCAAAUGGUUUUCAUGGAUGGACACAGAGAAGGACCAAAAAGCAAACAUAAACUGAUAAAUCUACUAAAAAGCUAAAUGAUCAAUUAAAACGAUUACAAAGAAAAUAGGCCCAGUGGCAGCAAAAAUAAACGUUUGUGAGGGUUUUCGACACCAAAUAUUAAAGGAAUUUCGUUUUCUGGUCUCGUGCUUCCUGUGGGGACGCCACCAUCACCCAUCUGAGUCCCUCUCAGUUUAUUUCUGGAUAAGAUUGCCUUUGUGCUGCAGAGGAGCCUGCACCAGAGAGGGGGUGGAGGAGAUGCUGCUCCUGCUGCUGUCCAUAGCUGCCAGGAUGUUGACACAUUUUUCUGCCCAGUCUCAUGAUUAAAGCCCGGAGGGUUCAGUCGCCAGCAGCGAAGAGAGAAGCAGCGGAGGAAUGAGUGCGAUCCGAUCCCAGACGUCUUCACUAUCCAGCCGACAACCACCUGCCGUCCGCGUCGCAAGUGAGUCAGCGAGCGCCAGUGUGUCGGGAAAAGCCCCCAACAUGACGACCUAAAGCCGACGCCUCGCAGCACACCGGGGAUGAAAACGCUCCCAACAUGGUCCGCAUCGCCAAGGCCCUGGGAUUGAUCAUCCUGAGCGUCGCUGUGCUCAUCCUGUCGCUCAUCAGCUACGUGUCUCUGAGAAAAGACAGCCUCUUCAGCUCCAGUAAAUAUUACACCGGAGGCCCGAGGAUCAUGUUCCACGCAGGCUUUCGGUCCCAGUUUGCAAUGAACUUCCUGGACCCGUCUUUCAUCCCUUUAACAAAUGCUCUGAAUGAGGAGCUUCAAGGAAAACCAUACAAAUGGAAGUUCAACAGGACAGCAUUUUCCCACCAGAGGAAAGAUAUCUUCAGCUUCAUCGACAUUCCCAACAACUUCUCCCUCACUAAGAGCAGUGUGCGCGUGGGCCAGCUGAUGCACUUUGACUACUCCAGCCAAAAGUAUGUCUUCUCCAUCAGUAACAACUUCAAGUCCCUGCUCCCAGACACUUCUCCCAUCCUCAACAAGCACUACAGCAUGUGUGCUGUGGUUGGGAACAGCGGCAUCCUCACAGGAAGCCACUGCGGCCCAGAAAUCGACCAAGCCGACUUUGUGUUUCGUUGCAACUUUGCUCCAACGGAGAUUUACUCCAAAGAUGUAGGAAAGAAGACCAACAUGACCACUUUCAACCCCAGCAUCCUGGAGCGAUACUACAACAACCUGCUGACCAUUCAAGACAGGAACAACUUCUUCCUGAACUUGAAGAAGCUGGAGGGAGCCAUCCUGUGGAUUCCUGCCUUCUUCCUUCACACGUCUGCCACAGUAACUCGAACCCUGGUGGACUUCUUUGUGGAGCACAAAGGUCAGCUGAAGGUCGAGCUGGCCUGGCCAGGAAACAUCAUGCAUGAUGUCAACAAAUAUUGGAAGACUAAAAACCUCUCUCCCAAACGUCUGAGCACCGGGAUCCUCAUGUACACGCUGGCCUCCGCCAUGUGUGACGAAAUCCACCUUUACGGCUUCUGGCCCUUUGGCUGGGACCCCAACACAGGCAAGGAGUUGCCCUAUCACUACUACGACAAGAAAGGGACCAAGUUCACCACCAAGUGGCAGGAGACUCAUCAACUGCCCAGUGAAUUCAAGCUGCUGUACAAGCUGCACAGGGAAGGUGUGACCAAACUCAGCCUAACACACUGCUCAGAGACAUAUUAGCCGACUGUGGAAACCACCAGUCGUGAAAAUCGGCUCACUGGUGACUAUAGUUGUGUUACACAUAAGCAUGGCAAACGUUAAAGCAAUUGGUUUUCAUUCUGCAGACACGCCACUUGUUUUCCUUAUCCAGAAUCUGCUCAGUAGCUCUGUAUUACUGCUUCCAUUACAGUUCUUGGUUGCUGGAAAUCAAAAAUGUAUUUCAGCUGGAAAUUCAAAUCUUCCAUUUCUGAUUGGCUGUUGCCUUUACAACAGGUUAUUUACACUGAAAUCACUGCCUAAUCUCAGGGAAGGAGUUGGAUCAGUGUUUUUGUUUUCUUUGUAAUCAGAUUUGAUGUCUAAGCGUGGAGCAGAUCCUCAUUCUAGGCCUUUCUCCACAAGAGGUAUCAGACUCUUCAAGAUGGCGUUUGAUUACAAGACUAGUCAGUAUCUACAUGGUGGUCCUUUGGUUGUUGUAGUUUGACUAUCAGCUUCAGACGUUGUUGAGAUUCUUCAGGUUUUUUAAAUAAUGUUCAACAUUCCAACAAUAAGCCAUAAAAUUAUGAACAGACAAUAUCUGUUGUGUUCAAAGUAAACAACAGCAGAAUGUGGUGUCGGCCUACAUCAGUUUCUGGAAAUGAACAAAUUAUUUUGACUAAACUGCAGCUCCUCGUAGGCCCUAUAUUGGUAGCAUUAGCUGAAGUACACUGGGUUAAAAUAUACAAAUAAAUAUUAAUUUUACAUUAAAAUAAGUAAGAAACUCUCAUUUAAACUUUAGUUUCCAAACUAGAAACAUGAAAUAUUAGUAAUUAACCCUUAGAGUCACAAAUCAGAACUUUAUUUUAUUUCUCUGUGAAUGUCCGACAUUAAUGCUAGUUUGUUUUAUGUUAAAUCUUGUAUAAAAUAAUUCAUAAACACUUAACUUGUACGCAACUCACAGCCAAAUUAUGUUUUACCUUUUACUUGAAUGCACAUGAAGCUAACAUUAAUCAGUUGUUCCUUUAGCUAGCUGACAGUUGCUCUUGUAGUUGAUGUCUAAUAAUAUUUAUGACAGUGCUUUUUAUUUGCUAGUCUUAAAUCUUCACCAGGGUUUAGGUCUCAAACCGCCGUAACUAAAGCAGGGAAGUGAUGACUGAUGCAAAGAUGCUGCUGCACGGCUAAAAAAUAAAACAGAAAGGGAAAAGGAAAGAAAAUCUUGAUCUUGAGGCUCAUCACAAACGAAAAUGAUAUUUACGUUUGGCAUUUUGACAGGAGAAAAGCAGUUUAGGGCUGAAUGAACUCAUGUGACUUAUUGCAUCUUGUAAAAAGAGCAGGAUCCAUUUAACAUUGCAUGAGGCACUAACCGAUAUUUGACCCUAUUUCAUACAACUUUUAGGGUAAAGUUGAGUUUUUACUAGUGUUUUUAUUGUGAUCUCUCUGGUGAAAAUCUUUGUACAGGAGUUGGUAAAUAGCUAAAACCACUCUACCGCUAUAACUGACAGUGACCAAAACAUCUAGAUAUCAAUUAAAACCAAAAUAAACUUUAUUUUUGAGAAAUAAAGUUUAUCCUGAACUCUGAAACAGUCUCUGGAUCCAAGCUUGUUUAGACAACCCAAACAGUAAAAGCUGACCUCAUGACUGUCCCAUGACUCAGCAAAAUGUGCUCUUUGUUGUAAAUUCUGACUUUGACUGAGGUUUAAUACACAGAUCAGUGCAAUCAUUCACACUUAGAUGUGGUGAGCUUUUUGUUCUUUUAGAAUUCUUAUAAUUAGCUUUUGCUUGUCAUCCGUUCUCCUGUUCUUUAGGUCUAUUCUCGUUAGGUUUUUAAUCAAAAAUGUGUUUAAAAAGCACGUUUCUGGUGAAGAGUUUGUAACCAGAAUGUUAAUCAUUCUAAAUUAAUGGAUGUGUGAGAAUAAUUUCUGUGGUCCUUUCAUUUUUGAAAGGUACCAGAAAUUUUCUGGCAUCAUCAGAAAGGAAAUGUUUUGUUUUUUUAUGUUGAAAUAAAUGUUAAAGGUGCAAUAUGUAAAAAUACGGUGAGAAUUUUACAUAUGAGAAAAUCCCAAAAGAGUCUAAUGUUUCAGGCAUUUUUGAAGGAAGGUUAAACUGAAACAUGUUUCAAAUCCAGCUGCAGUGGGGAUUGUCGGUGUAUCUCCUUUCAAAACAAAGAAAUGAGUGAUGUAACUACUCAUUGACUGUGGGGUUGUCUUGUCUCCUGCGAGCUAGCACUGCAGCGCCGACAAUCGUAAUUUUACGACAGCCGGCAAAAAGCUCCAGAGUUGUUUAAAGUGGUUGCAGUAACCAAAUGUUACCACAGGAUGUCAUUUUCACUUCCUUUCUACAUAAUGUACCUUUAAAUAUCUGUUUCUCCUUCAAAAUUAUGUGGAAAAACUUCAUGAAUGUGUUACUUUUGGAGUGAAUUGUUUGAAAAAUCCUCUGAUUCUAACAUAAAUGUUGGUCAUUUACUUUCUCAGAUAUUAUAUGGAUGAAAAUCUGUAGAAUGUGUAAAACAUUUAGCUCUGCUAACAAAGUCUGUAAGGAUUGUAAUGCCUGUAAGAGGAACAGUGUGGCUUUUUGUGCAUUAAAUGACCAGACAAUGACAUGAAUAACAAAAAA